CUCCAAACCGCUACGCCGUUCUACGCGAUAUCUUCAAUAAUCAUUAUCAGCCACAACGCCGGAAUGCGGAAACAGGAGAAGCGUUAUACGAUCUUCCUGUUCUUCGUCAAGACUUAUCAAUGUCCUUGUUGGCUCGAUUAGCAGAGCUGUUUGCAGUAAAGGCUAAAACCAAUGCCAUGAACCACCUAUGCGCCAACAUUCCUGUUUUUCUCAAGCGUUUAUGGGUCGCAUAUCUGAGUCAUCUGCGCCAUGAACAUAACCUUACCUUUCGAAUCAGCAUCUCUAACAUGGCAAAAGAAAUCUGUAAUUUGAUCACAACGCACAGAACUCAUUUGACUCAGCGUUUAAUUGAACGAAUUCCAGCAGCAAUCUUUACUGAGGUGCUUCAAUAUUUCAACCAACACACUGCACGAUUCGAACAAGCAUAUGCCGGCGUGAAUAUCGCACGCAUAGUACAGCGACCGUCCAUAUCUGGCCCUGCAAUGCUAGUGAAUUCGCUAUCCUUUUAUAUCUGGCUGUCACUUGAAGCCCAGCCUUUCCAAUUCUGUCCCAAGUGGACUCCACUACCACUUGCCAGUCACCGCAUUAGAUUCAUGCCGGUCGACCUUGAAACUAUGUAUUACAUCGUACGCGAAGUGGACGAGCGAGAUCCUGCACAAGUGCCGGAUAAUAUUGUGAGACCAAAUAACGUUCCUGGUCGUGGACGUUGCUUGUCAUAUCGUGUUUUCAGACAGCAAGAUCCUGAGCUGCUUGAAGGCUUCUGGGAGUCGCUAUUUAAUAUCGGUCACAUAGAGCCGCGACGUUGCCGAUACGCAGUCGAAGGUCAAGGUGUUGUGCCCCCAGAAGACCGCGAGCUCAAACUCUUCAAUAACACAUUCGAAACGGAUGGUGUCGCCAUUGUGUUCCAUUUUCGCAGGCCUGUGACAACGCGGCGUGGAGGUUGGUAGUACCCUCAUAGCAUGCAAUAUUAAAAGUAUGUAUUUGGUCAUGACGAGAUCUCAUAAAUCUAUUGUUAGAGUAUAUGCCUUCUAGCUCCAAACAAGUUAAACGCUUUCCUCGUGAAAUUGACGUCACACAGUGGAGAAGAGGAAUGUAUCAUCUUUCCAAAGAGCCAGAUGGUCUUGAUGCAGAGCGGCUUCAUAAUUUUCGAACAGUGUUCAUAGACCCAGGUAUAUAUCUAAUCAUUCUCAAAAUAUGUAACGUUAUCUAAGUAGAUAUUUUGUAUAUUACUUUAGGCAUCCGGUCUCUGGUCACUGCUGUAGACACUCUUGA